AUGUUCACCUGUCUUGAACACUGUCAACGGAGUCGCCGUCGGGAGGGAACCCUGUCCAUCUGGAGGGAACAUUUAAAGACUUUGCUGAAUCGACAAGCGCCGUCAGUUCCUGAACUCGUACACGUCCAGGGACAGACAUACACCACGGUCAGCGAAGAGGCACAGACGGAGUCGGAGGUUCUAGUCUGCAUUGAAAAGAUGAAGAGUGGAAAAUCUGGUGGAGACGACGGAAUUAGCGCAGAAAUACUGAAAUCUCUUCCUUCUUCUGAGAUUCGCGAAAUGUCGAUCAUCCGUUCAAUAUGGAUUGAAGAAAUGGUACCUGACUCAUGGAGACACGCUCCCAAAAAUCUCCCCCCACAAGAAGCUAUCCGUCACAGUACCCAGGAAUUACCGAUUACCGAGGAAUCUCUUUGCUUCGUGUUAUGA